AAAAAAUCUCACAGCUAGCAGCAGCAGCAGCAGCAGCAGCACCAACAACCAACACACGAAGAGCAUGUCUGGGGCUAAGAGCGCGAGUCCAAGCCCGGUUUAGUUUGGCCAUUGGGCUCAGAUGUCUGUUACCUGUCUAAGCGAACGGUCGGCCGCUCGAUCGGUUUCUCGAUACCGCCGCCUUCGAUCUAUCCCCUGCAUAAACAAACACACACACACACACAGAGAGCGAUAGAGAAGAAUUGCGGGCGGACUUCAAAAUCAAAACAAAUCACAAUCAAAUAUCCAAAAGACGCGUGUGAUUUCAUAGUGAUUCGCGCAAUUCGUAUUAAUUUGGGGAAAUAACCGAAACCAAGCAAAGAGGAGAGGAGAUAACUGCAAAAAGGCAAUGCGAAUGAGGCGACGGAAGUUGCUUAUCUGUUGGGCGGCCCUGCAGGCGGGCUCUGCGAUUUUGACCUGCCUGUUGUUGUUACUUCUGCCCAGCCACAAUGAGGUAUCGGCGGGCAUUGUGCCGCCACCAUGGAGUGAUCCCGCCAAAAAUCCAUGUGCCAGCAUGGCUGGCGGUUGGCAAUUAUUGUAUUGGACACCGUUGAAGAAGUGUUUCAAGAUCUUUACAUUGGGCUAUCCGUGUCCGGAUACCAUGGAAUUGAGUCCCACACCGGUGAGUGCAAAACGCAAGGAUGUUCCAGCUGCCGAAUGCAGAUGUCCACCAGGCAGUGCCUUGAGUGCCCUAACAGACAAUGUGUGCCAUCAGCUGUAUCAGCGCGGACCAUGCGAGGUGAAAGAGUACUUUAAACCACUGCCGGAUCAGGACAAAAGAUCCGGUAAUCGUUGGGGCUCCUGCACAACACCCCUGAACUGUGACGAGGGCAUGUUAUAUUGGCCCAGGGACAACAAGUGCUAUGCCCAGUAUAGCAAGGGUCCUUGCAAUCGGGGUAAAUUGCUAACCCUAAAUGCAGAUGGUUUGGCCGAAUGUCGCUGCGAGAAUUCCGGUGAAUUGGCCACCUAUUACUAUCCAGCGGAGGACUCUUGCUAUGAGCAUUAUACCAAAGGACCUUGCUCGACGCCGGGUCACAUUUUUCUGCCGGGCGGCCGCUGUGACUGUCAGCGCCAUUUGCCGCACUACUAUGCAUCUCAACAGAUGUGCUUUGAGCUGGACACGCCCGGGCCCUGUCCACCUGGCCACAUCUUUCGCAUACCCGAUGAGUCGGUCCAGGAGACGGCUGCAACCACACUGCAACUGCUGCCCAGGGCCAAGUGUGUGUGCAAGGAGGGCUAUGUCCCUUGGACAGAUGGCAUCUGCUAUCGCCUCUAUACACGCGGUCCUUGUGGAGCCAAUGAAUUCCUGGUCAACGGCACAUCAUGUGUACAAAAUUUCUGUGGGAAGAAUCGCUUAUACUUCCCAGCGGAGGACUCAUGCUAUAGGAUUGGCUCCCAAGGGCCCUGUUCGCUGCAUCAGGUGGUGAUCUUUGAUUUCACAGCCCGACCAUCGUUGGACGGCAUUUCCUACAAUGGCAUGUGCGGCUGUUCGGGCGUCCUAACUAAUCUCGAUCAGCAAUGCUCAUCGAGUGGGCAUGGCGGGAUCGGCGGCGGUCAGGAGCUGAACAUAUGCGAAUCGACGCCGGGAAUGGUUGACAUAAAUGGCCAGUGCCAUAAGCUAUACACUCGCGGACCAUGCGGUGCUGGCCAAUGGUUGGAGCCACUUAAAUCUCAGGGGAAAUACAAAAACGAUGGUACCUCAACGAUUCUGGCCUAUGCCACCAAAGCCAAAUGCGUUUGCCGACCAGGAUAUACGCCAACCAAUAGCAACGAGUCAUCGGAUACCAUCGGCACAAGCAACGGCAACAGGCACAGCAGCAAUUGCAGUGCACCGAGCGUCAGUUUGGCGAGGUAUUUAACUAUCGAGCGACACAACUCGAAAUUCCUCAAUGAAUUAAAUUUUAGUCCCCUAAUACCACUGAACGGGUGAAUAUUUUUUACUAUCCUGUAUCUCCUCCUCGCAUGAGCCUAAACCAACCAACCAACCAACCAAUCAACCAACCAACUAUUAUUAUUUCUUCUGUUCUAUAUCCAAAGCAUGCUUCCACCUACUUCAUCUCUCUACUGUGUGUGUGUGUGUGCGUGUGUGUGUCUGUGUACUAUAAAUAAUUGUUUGUUUCUCUGUUUUUAGGUGGUUUUUAGAAAUAUUUGGUUAACUUGGAUUGAAAGAGAUCGAUUGUGCCAUGAAUGUAUUACAUCAAUAAUAAAAAAAAAAACAAAACAAA